UUCGCUUUGCAAACAGCUGUUUAGUUGCUAUAUCAAACGUAAAUAAAACAAAUAGGCAGCUGCCAAUAACACUGCAAGUUUGUGCGGAACCGAUAGUAUAUCACCAUGUGCUAUUGACGUUUAUUUGCAUUUACUAUUGAGCGAAGAUAAAAGUUUUAUUGCCGUACCCAGUAGUAAAAGAUAGCUACAUCAGUCAGUGCAUUGCAGUGUGCGCACGGUAUUGAACGUGUUCAGUGAACAGCGCUUCCGAAAACUAUAGCAACCAUUGUGCUUCCAGUGUUAUAGUAGAGCACAAAUAUUGUAUAAAAUAGCAGCACAUAAAUGAGCAAGAUGCAGGUGGAGCGCAACCUGGCACAAACAGAAACGAUCGGAACCAACGGUCAAAGCAGCGACAGCACGAGCGCAACAGUUGCAUCAGGCGUGGCCGUGAAAUGUGCAACAGUCGAUAAUGUCAACAGGAAUCAACGUCGACUACAAGAUGUGGGCACAUUGCGCCGCGAGGACUUUGACGGCGGACCGGUGAGUGUGGAUGAAAUCGUACCAGGACUAUAUUUGGGUAAUCUAACCGCCGCUACCCAUAUGGAAACAUUAAAAAAUUUCGAAAUUACUCACAUACUAACACUGGACUCAGUGCCGCUGCCACAACAUAUCACCCAGGCAAGCUUUCUUACAACCAAAUACGUGCACAUUGCCGACAUGCCGAAGGAGGAUAUUUUGCACCAUCUGGAUACCUGCUCGGAUUUUAUAAGCUUGGCUAUGGCGCAAAAGGGGCGUGUGCUCGUGCAUUGUUAUUUUGGUGUUAGUCGCAGUUCUGCCGUCGUCAUCGCUUUCAUUAUGAAACAACACGAUUUGGAGUAUCCGGCUGCGUUUGAGUUGGUGCGCUCUAAGCGUCGCUUUGUGCAACCCAAUCCGGGCUUUGUGUCGCAACUGAAGCUCUAUCGACGCAUGGGCUGUAAAAUCGAUCAACAGUAUCAGCGGUACAAACUCUAUCGACUGCGUUUGGCGGGCGAACAAGUGCGCAAAGCGAAAAUAUUGCCACAAUCCUUUAAUAGUCUGAUCAAAUCGGAUCCCGCCGUUACGCAGGAGAAUCCGGAGCCCAUUGUCUAUCGCUGUCGCAAGUGCCGUCGCGUUUUGGUGUCCAAAUCGCACGUACUGCUGCACAACACCAAAUCACUUGCCACAAGCACUGUACCAGCGGCCGCAAAGGCAGGCGGCAGCAACAACAAUCCUUCUCCGGUUGUACAGCAGGCGCCGCGGCUGCUGGAACAGAUUGCUGCGCAAAUACGCAAGGCCUCACUGGCCUCACCCACCGUUGCCAGCGCCGCAGUUGGCGAAGGCGAUGCAGUCAACGAGCAACUGCAGACUGUUUGUCGCAACAUACUGUUCGUGGAGCCGAUCUCUUGGAUGCGCGACAUCUCGCACAACACGCAGGGCCGCUUGCAUUGCCCGAAGUGCGACCAAAAAGUGGGCAAUUUCAGCUGGAUUAACGGCUGCCAAUGCCCUUGCGGCGAGGAAGUGUCACCGGCAUUCUACUUGAUACCUUCGCGCGUGGAGCUCUCCAAGGCUGUGCAAAACGUCCAAACAACGCUUUAGACUACCGUCGCCGUGGAGCAGCGCAGGGCAAUGGCAGUUUUGGGCAAUCCGCAUAUAUUCACAAAAGUAUUACUUCAAUAAUAGAAAGUGCAAGUAAAGAAAGAGAAAAUGAAAAAGAAACGUAAAAAAAAUACAAAAUUUAUAAAUCUUGAUGUGAAAUUGAAAUGCUUCCAUUUUGUGUAUGUUAUGAAAGUAAAUAUUCACACUAGCUAAAAUAUCAAAAUUUUCAAGUUGCGCCUAGAUAAACGUAAACAAAUUCAUAAUCAAAAAUUCAAUAUAAAAACGUCUGCAACAGUUGAAGGGUUUCAAGUGCGCAAAAGCGAUUUACAUGUUAAAAAGUUUGGAUACAUGAAAAUUAGCUAAUUCUCAAUAAAAAAAUAAAAUUUAAAAAAUAUACAAAGUAAUUAUAUAACCAUACUGAUUGGAUUGAAUUAAAUUUAUAGAAUUUCUCUAAGAGCUUCGACAAUACUUAAAAAUCGUUUUAGAA